CUUCACCAAAUUGUUUGUCUAGUUGUCCGUGUCUCAUUCUAUUCUCUCUCACCUCGUGAAAAAGAAACCACAUUUCUCUCUAAAUCUUUCUGGGUUUUUCUAAUUUGUGGAUGUGAGGAUCGUGUCUGGCAGAUUCUAUCUGAUUUCUGAUCAGAGAGAGAAAGAGAGGAGAGAGAUUUUCUCUCUCUCUCUAAAAGUUCUGGGUUUUACACGCUUGAGAGUAUUUGGGGAUCUUACGUGCUGAUUUUGUGAUCAGAGGAGAGAGAAAGAGAGACAGAGAGGUAGAGAAAGAGAUGGGAGGUUGCGUGUCAACGCCUAAGAGCUGCGUGGGAGGGAAAAUAAGGUCAAACAAGAGGAGAAAGACUCGGACAAGACGAAAGAUUCAGAAGAAGAGAGUUGUGUCUUCUUCUUGCUUAUCUGACGGAUCUUUCGAAAAUCACGAUCGCUCUUUCUCCAAUCCCACUUUCCGAGCAAGCGCUGAUGAAGCAUGGUUUGAUUCCAACCUCGCCUUUGAAACCGAUUGUGAUGAUGAUUUCCACAGUGUCGAAGAUGUCUUGUCAGUAAACGGAGCUGAGCGUAUCUCAGUAUCGAGUAUGUCAUCUGUUAGAGACUCUACCCUUGGUGGCUCCGCUCGAAACUCUCUAAGCGAUGGUCCUAAAACUUCAAACUCUCAUGCCUCAACGAUAGAUGACGCUAUGUCACAGUCAAAAUCAGACGGUGCCUUGGUGGUUGACACUAAGCAGCCUGUUUUCAUCGACGAGAUAUCUUCGAGUGCUGAUGAUAGCUCUAGAAAAGAUGAAGGAUUGUUGGAAAGCUGUGGGAUUCUUCCGAGCAAUUGUUUGCCUUGUCUUAAUUCGACCGUUCCUUAUGAAAAGAGAAGGUCCUUAAGCUCUAGCCCUCCUGGUACAAGGAAAAAAGCUGCUCUUAAACUAUCUUUCAAGUGGAGAGAAGGACAUGCUACUGGUCCUUUAUUUUCAACCAAAAUGCAGUUGCAAAGACCGAUUGCGGGUACUCAGGUUCCAUUUUGUCCGCUCGAGAAGAAAAUGUUCGAUUGUUGGUCAAUCAUAGAGCCAAGUAGUUUCCGUGUUCGUGGCAAAACUUAUUUCAGAGAAAAGAAGAAAGAGUUUGCACCAAACUAUGCUGCAUAUAAUCCAUUUGGUGUUGAUGUAUUUUUAUCACAACGUAAAGUAAACCAUAUAGCACAGUACGUGGAGCUUCCUGUUAUUACUACCACCUCGUCUAAGCUCCCAUCUAUACUCGUUGUAAAUGUUCAGAUACCAUUGUAUCCUGCUGCAAUCUUUCAAGGUGAAACUGAUGGAGAAGGAAUGAAUUUUGUAUUAUACUUUAAACUUUCUGAUAAUUAUUUAAAGGAGCUUCCACCUCAUUUCAAGAAAGCAUUCAGAUUGAUAGAUGAUGAAGUUGAGAAAGUCAGAGGCUUUGCUAUGGAUGCAAGUGUGCCAUUUAGAGAACGUUUAAAGAUAUUGGGACGUGUAGCGAAUGUAGACGAUCUUCAGUUGAAUGGUGCAGAGAAAAAACUCAUGAAUGCUUAUAACGAAAAACCUGUGCUUUCGCGUCCACAACAUGAGUUUUAUUCGGGUGAAAAUUACUUUGAGAUUGAUAUUGAUAUGCAUAGAUUCAGUUAUAUAUCGCGGAAAGGAUUCGAAGCAUUUUUAGACAGACUCAAGCAUUGUGUUCUUGAUGUUGGACUUACAAUUCAGGGGAAUAAGUCGGAGGAAUUACCUGAGCAGAUUCUGUGUUGCGUCCGGUUAAACGGGAUUGAUUACAUGAAUUAUCAUCAGUUAGCUCUUAAUCAAGAAUUCCUAUGAUAAAAAAAUGACUUUUUUGUUUGUUUCUCUGUUUUUUCUUUUGUUCCUCAAGAACACAAAAUCUAAGAGCUUUUUCCUUUUGAAGAAAAACUCAAUAAUGAAAGGAUGAUGAUGAUAAUC